AUGGUCUUUGUAGUCAAUCUGUCAUUGACAGAACAAAGUGACUUUUAUAGAGAGGUGAUUAAGGCAGGUGAUGAUGACAAUGCUCAUACCACAACACAUGUGACAGUUCAAGCUCCCACAGAUGUGACAGGUCAAGCUCCCAAAAAUGAGACAGGUCAAGCUCCCACAGAUGUGACAGGUCAAGCUCCCAAAAAUGAGACAGGUCAAGCUCCCGUAGAUGAGACAGGUCAAGCUCCCGUAGAUGAGACAGGUCAAGCUCCCACAGAUGUGACAGGUCAAGCUGCCACAGAUGAGAUAGGUCAAGCUGCCACAGAUGUGACAGGUCAAGCUCCCACAGAUAUGACAGGUCAAGCUCCCACAGAUGUGACAGGUCAAGCUCCCACAGAUGAGAUAGGUCAAGCUCCCACAUAUGAGACAGGUCAAUCUCACACAGAUGUGACAGGUCAAGCUCCCACAGAUGUGACAGGUCAAGCUCCCACAGAUGAGAUAGGUCAGGCUCCCACAGAUGAGAUUGGUCAAGCUCCCACAGAUGUGACAGGUCAAGCUCCCACAGAUAUGACAGGUCAAGCUCCCACAGAUGUGACAGGUCAAGCUCCCACAGAUGAGACGUCAGAGACUGUGCAGGAUCCUACAGAUGAGAUAGGUCAAGCUCCCACAGAUGUGACAGGUCAAGCUCCCACAGAUGAGAUAGGUCAAGCUCCCACAGAUGAGAUUGGUCAAGCUCCCACAGAUGUGACAGGUCAAGCUCCCACAGAUGAGACAGGUCAAGCUCCCACAGAUGAGACAUGUCAAGCUCCCACAGAUGAGAUAGGUCAAGCUCCCACAGAUGUGACAGGUCAAUCUCCCACAGAUGAGACGUCAGAGACUGUGCAGGAUCCUACAGAUGAGAUAGGUCAAGCUCCCACAGAUGUGACAGGUGAAGCUCCCACAGAUGUGACAGGUCAAGCUCCCACAGAUGAGACGUCAGAGACUGUGCAGGAUCCUACAGAUGAGAUAGGUCAAGCUCCCACAGAUGUGACAGGUGAAGCUCCCACAGAUGAGAUUGGUCAAGCUCCCACAGAUGUGACAGGUCAAGCUGCCACAGAUGAGAUAGGUCAAGCUCCCACAGAUGAGAUAGGUCAAGCUGCCACAGAUGAGAUAGGUCAAGCUGCCACAGAUGAGACAGGUCAAGCUCCCACAGAUGAAAUAGGUCAAGCUGCCACAGAUGAGAUAGGUCAAGCUCCCACAGAUGAGAUAGGUCAAGCUCCCACAGAUGAGACAGGUCAAGCUGCCACAGAUGAGAUAGGUCAAGCUCCCACAGAUGUGACAGGUCAAGCUCCCACAGAUGAGACGUCAGAGACUGUGCAGGAUCCUACAGAUGUGACAGGUCAAGCUCCCACAGAUGAGACGUCAGAGACUGUGCAGGAUCCUACAGAUGUGACAGGUCAAGCUCCCACAGAUGAGACGUCAGAGACUGUGCAGGAUCCUACAGAUGUGACAGGUCAAGCUCCCACAGAUGAGACGUCGGAGACUGUGCAGGAUCCUACAGAUGUGACAGGUCAAGCUCCCACAGAUGAGACGUCAGAGACUGUGCAGGAUCCUACAGAUGUGACAGGUCAAGCUCCCACAGAUGAGACGUCAGAGACUGUGCAGGAUCCUACAGAUGUGAUAUUCCAGGCUUCCAUGUUUGCCUCACUUUUAGAGAUGAACCUAGGCCUGGAGGAAGAGUAUUCAGAAGAUGACAGUACCGAUGAUCCUAAUAUCGAGUGUUCAGAUGAUAGCAACCGUGAUCCUAAUUUCCAGUGUACUGAAAGCGAAAUUGAACAUGUCACAUCUAAUGAUGACGGUGACUUUGAUGAAAUAAAAAUAAGGAAAAGAAAGGCCAUUACAGAGGCUUUUGUUGAUCACAAUAUUGCGAAGAGAAACUGUACAGAAAAGGAAUUUGAUGACCACGUUUCAGACAGUGAAAUGUCUGAUGUUAUCGUCAAUGAGUAUGUUCCUGGAGAACUUGGACCUCAUUUCAACAUUGACACAGACAUUACAUCAGGAGGAAACAAUACAAAUGAGAGUACUAAGGACACCAAUGACAAGUGUGGUACACCAAUAUUUGGACUGUUGCCAAAAAGCCAAAAGAAAGAAGGAUGUAAGCAAGUGUAUGAUAAACAGAAUUGUUGCACAUUCUGUGGAAAAAUGAUCAAAAGCAAAAUUUCACGUCACCUUUUGAAUGCUCAUAAGCUGGAACCAACAGUCAGCAAAAUAUGGCUACUACCGAAAAGAUCAGAAGAGCGUACAAUUAAGUUGGAAAUGCUUGCCAACGAAGGCAACUUCAAACACAAUAUUACAGGUACAGACCAUUCCUUUGACAGAAGAUCUGAAAACGCUCACAGAAUUCAUUAUGUGCAACAUAAGAGAAACAUCCACAGCACUGCAGAAAUGCCCGACACCUUGUGAUUGGACAAAACUUGCCAAAUUUACCAUGUGCAGGUUGAUCCUGUUUAACAAGCGAAGGCGGGCUGAAGUCAAAGACUUGAAAGUUCAGGACUACGAGAAGAGGCCCAACUGGCAUGAGGAUCAGCGUGGUGAAUUUGACCUGGCAUUAUCACAUGCGGACAAAGUAUUAGCCAGCAGAAUGGACAUGGUCAUUUCAGCAGGGAAGUCACGGAAAAAUGUGGACGCAUAUAUGUCCUGCUGCCACCAGACAGCAAGGAUGCCAUUGACCUCCUUAACAGCCUGAGAGAUAAAGUCGGGAUCAGAUCCACCAACGAAUACAUAUUCGCUAGGGUUUGCUCAGAGACUCUGCUGACGAGCAACACCGAGCUCAGAGAAAUUGUUGACAGUUGCCCCAACCUUCAACAUCCUGAUAGAAUCAGCUCAACAUCACUUAGAAAAUAUAU